ACAGCUUGGGUCAAAGCAGAGGAAAAAGACGCGGACGCCGCCGGGGAAGAGAGCUAGAAGCUUGUGGGAAGCUGGAGGGAGCCGGUUGGGAACGUGCGAAGGGAGAUUUGUGUUCUGCGGUCCCAGGGCCCUAGCUCAACUUUGGCUCGUGAAGUUCUCUGCUGCAGGACCACAGUUUUGCCUUAAGUCAGUCAGGGCCAGGUGCUGCCUCGGUGCCUAGUCCUGCACCUUUGCGCCUGGAUGCCUUAGGGUCUUUUGGUGAGGGCCAAAGAGCCCGAGGCCGAAGGGAGCAGCAAGCUUGCAAAUACGUCCGAGAGCCUUCCGGCUGUCCUAAGUGAUGGGCGCUCCCCUGGUCCAUGGGGUUCCCUCGGCCCCGCGACCUCUUCCUUCUCCUGAUUGCUCUAUCUCCUCCAGUUGACUGGCAAGCCAGAAAGGAGACAAUUAGCUCCUGGAGUCCCAGGCGAUGAACUUUGGACCCUGCACCACCUUCCUUCCACUAGUCUCCCGCUUCCUUAUGGGACCAGGCUCCAGCCGGGGCUGCGGAGGCCUCUUCCCUGAGUGAGAACGCUUCCCACUCCGACUGGAUUUAGCGCGCCGCGCGGUGCUGCCAAGCCUGGAGUGAGCUAGCAAGCUAGCGAGGGAAGAGCAGAAAGUCUCUCCUCCCAAAGAACCUCCUCUAAGGUCCUAGCUGGUGCUUUCCUCUCCUCCCAGCCCCCGCGGCUGCGCCCCCAACUCCAGCUCCUUCGCGCCCCCUCCCCGUCCCUGCGGUAAUUCAGAACGCGCCGAGGGGCAACCCCCCCCACUUUCUCCAGACGGAACCCCAGCAGGAUGGAGCCCUCGCCCCAGUCCCGGCAGCCUUCUUUGGAAAAGGGGCGCGAGGAGGAGGAGGCAGCCAGGGAGCGGAUCCCCAGAAUCGAUCCGUACGGAUUUGAAAGGCCUGAAGACUUUGAUUAUGCCUCUUAUGAAGACUUUUUUUCUACCUAUUUGAGGAUACUCACUACAAGAGCAAUCAAGUGGUCAAAGCUUUUGAAGGGGAAAAAUAAUGUCCAGAAAAGUAUAAAAGUAAAACGCUACAUCAGGAAAGGGGUUCCCAAUGAACACCGAGCUUUCGUCUGGAUGGCCACAAGCGGAGCCCAGGCCCAGAUGGACCAGAACCCAGGAUACUAUCGGAAACUACUUGAAGGAGAAAGAAAUGACAACCUGGUGGAAGCAAUCAAGACAGACAUGAACAGGACAUUUCCAGACAACGUAAAAUUCAGACGGACCGCCGAUCCCUGCUUACAACAUACCCUGUACAAUGUCUUGGUAGCGUAUGGACAUCACAACCAAAAUGUAGGAUACUGCCAGGGAAUGAAUUUCCUGGCGGGAUAUCUCCUCCUCAUCACAAAGAGCGAAGAGCAGUCCUUUUGGUUGUUGGAUGCUCUUGUGGGAAGAAUAUUGCCUGAUUACUAUAGUCCUGCAAUGAUGGGUCUGAAAACAGAUCAGGAAGUUCUUGGUGAGCUUGUGAAGAUGAAGAUUCCAGCUGUGGCAAAUUUAAUGGAUCGCCAUAAUGUCAUGUGGACCUUAGUAGUCUCCCGUUGGUUUAUCUGUUUAUUUAUUGAUAUACUCCCAGUGGAGACGGUACUCCGAAUUUGGGAUUGUUUAUUCUAUGAGGGUUCAAAAAUUAUCUUUCGUGUGGCCUUAACAUUAAUUAAGCAACACCAAGCCUCUAUUUUGGAAGCCACUAAUUUCCCAGAUAUAUGUGAACAAUUUAAGCAGGUCACAAAAGGGACAUUUGUCACAGAAUGUCAUACAUUCAUGCAGAAAAUAUUUACGGAACCUGGAAGUUUGUCAAUGGCUACCAUCACCAAGCUUCGAAAGAGCUGUAGAGCUAAGCUACUUGCUCAGGGAUAAACCAACCAUCUCCUCCACUCCACAUUCCUCCUGCACUGGCGCUGGCUGAGAGAACUGUCUCUUCCACAGUGGACGUGACCAAGUUUUCACUGCUUUUCUCCUGUGUGUGGGUAUAAACUUUUACACUGUCUCACUGAAUUUUGAUAAUCUGAUUUUUUUAAAGUGAUUCAAAAUCAUGUCAUUGUUUUCACUUUGAAUGUGAGCUACACGUUGAUUUCAGAAGAGAAAUAUUUUUAUCUGGGGCAUUAAUAACAAUAAUGUAAAAUUAAAUUAUCUGUACAUGUUGUAUAAGUAUUUAUACCUAAAUAAAGUAUGUCAACCCA